CUCCCUUCGCCCAUGGCCGGCCGCCGCGUCCUUCUCCGCGCCGCCGCACUCGGCCUUGCCGCCGCAACGGCGGGGUCCCUGCACGCCGUGUCCAAGUGGACGCCGCCGUGGCCCCUCUCUCCCUUCACCCCGUCCGUCAAGCGCGUCCUCAUGGACUCCACCCAGGGGCUCCAGGCCGCCCUGCACGGCGCCCACUCGCUCUCCGGCGCGCACCUCCGCGACGUCCGCGCCCGCGCCGAGCACGACCUCGCGGUCUCCGAAGUCGACCGCGCCGAGGGCGGUGACCCCGCCGCAGCCGCGGACCUCCGCCUCCUCCUCGCGCUCCUCGCCGCGCGCGACGGGCGCACGGACGAGUCCCUGCGGCUCUACGCGGAGGCCGCCCGCGACAGCCCGUUCGACCGCCGCCCCCGCGCCCUUGCGUACCAUCUCUCUCUCCUCGCCGGGCGGAUGGACGAGGUCGCGCGGUGGAGCGCCUCCUACCGCCGCCUCGUCCCCACCGAGAUCGACGGCUCCGACCUACCGGGACUCGAGUCCCCUGAGACGAGCGAGCUCAUCCGCGAGCUGGUGGUAGCGGCGGCGCUGGGCGGCGUGUACAACGUCACCGACCCGCAUGAGAGGUGGCUCCUUAUCCCCGCGGCCCGCGGCGCGGUGGACAAGGGGCUGGUCGCUGCGCUGCAGGACAAGACGCUGCCCGCCGUAGAAAGGCUUCAGCUCCUAGCGCUGCGCGUGUACCUGCAGGCCAAGGUGUGGCUCCUCGUCAGGAAGGCGGAACGGGACUCCGCCGGCAGUGAUGCUGAGGCAGCUCCGGUUUCUUAA